GUCAUUCAUUUUGAAGGAUUGGUACAUGCAGCCUGCAUGUUAUAAACAUUAUUAAUUCUUUAUUUAAAAAAAAUCAACAACAUCAACACCAUCAUAUAAGGUUAUGUUGGCUUUCAAAAAUGAUGUCUGGAAAAUUUAUCUAUUCAUGUUUCGUUCUUUUUCUUCUUCAGUCAGUUCAAAUCACAGCUUCAUUGGUGUGCAAUAAAUGUAACAGCAGUGAAAGUAUAGAAAAGUGUCAGGAUAUUAUUCAAUGUGGGGACAAACAAUCAUGUUUUACCGAAAUCCAAACUAAGAAUGAAGAGACUACAUACACAAUGGGAUGCACUAAUAAUCAGAAUUGCGGAGAAAUUCCAGAAUAUGAUUAUGAUGCUGUCAGCAAGCUAAGCGCUUUUUCUGUGAAGAAAUGCUAUGAAUGCUGUAGAAGUAAAGAAUGCAAUUAUAACCUUUGUAAACAUCCAAAGCCAUCACAGUGUCAAGAUGAUAAGACAAUUGAUUGUGCAAAACUGAAUGAAAUGUUUGAUAUCUGUAAAGACAUACAUGAUGCCAAACGUGUGUGUCCCAACUUCUGUAACUUGUGCGGAUUAGUUGAUGGUAGCUGGGCGGACUGGUCUCAAUGGUCAGCGUGUGACGUUACAUGUGGAAAUGGUAAGCACACUAGACUGAGAACAUGCACAGAUCCAGCGCCGGCUUACAAGGGCUAUGAAUGUGAAGGAAAAGCAAUAGAUUCGAAACCUUGUCAACAAACGCUAUGUCCAGUACAUGGUGAAUGGUCAAAUUGGUCUAACUGGAGUGCUUGCCCGGUAACAUGUGGGUUAGGAAUGCAGAAACGUCACAGAAAUUGUUCAAACCCAUAUCCCAUGCUUUAUGGUGACCAUUGUUUUGGAGACUCUGUGGAAUACAAAAAUUGCGUUGAAAAGAUGUGUAAUGAUGGCAUAUGGGGAGAUUGGGAGGAAUGGGGAUCAUGUAGUGCCUAUUGCGACUAUGGCAUACGCCAAAGGUCAAGGUCUUGUGCGAAUCGUGUUGGAUCAAUAUGUGAGGGAAACUCGUUCGAAGUUCAGCCCUGCAAUUUACAGAAGUGUCGUAAUCUAACAACUUGCACGAAGAAGCCGACCUACAACGAUAGCUUCACAAACGUGGCUCUGGGCAAAAAAGUCACUCUAUCGUCAACGUACUCUUCUACGUACAAUGGCCCAAAAAUGGUAGAUGGUAACUAUGAGAGAGAUAACGUCGCAAUAACGCAAUUUCAAAACAAUCCAUACGCAAUCGUUGACCUUGAACACGUAUACACGAUAUACUCUAUCUAUAUAUUCAACCGCAAAGACUGGGCUGAUAGACUGAAAAAUGUCGUAGUCCAACUCGGUGAGACGCUUCCCUCGUUAACAACAGUUGCUACACAUAAGGCGGUCAUAGGUGUAGACUGUACAUACCGUUUUGAGAUUCCUGUUAAAGGUCGUUAUUUAAAGAUAAUGUUAGAAACAAGCAGAGAGUACUUGCAGAUCACAGAACUUGAAGUGUACAGUAAGGCAGAAACAGUAACAACAUGCACGAAGAAGCCGACCUAUAACGAUAGCUUCACAAACGUGGCUCUGGGCAAACAAGUCACACUAUCGUCAACGUAUUCUUCAACGUACAAUGGCCCAAAAAUGGUAGAUGGUAAUUUUGAGAGAGAUAACGUUGCAAUCACGCUAUAUCGUAAAAACCCAUAUGCAAUAGUUGAUCUAGAACACGUAUAUACGAUAUUUUCUAUUUAUAUAUUCAACCGCAAAGACUGGGCGUAUAGAUUAAAGGACGUCAUAGUCCAACUCGGUGAAUCGCUUUCCUCGUUUACAACCGUUGCUACACAUAAGACGGUCAUAGGUGUAGACUGUACAUUCCGUUUUGAGAUUCCUGUUAAAGGUCGUUAUUUGAAGAUAAUGUUAGAAACAAGCGGAGAGUACUUGCAGAUCACAGAACUUGAAGUGUACAGUAACACAGAAACAGUAGUAACGACAUGCACGAAGAAGCCGACAUACAACAACAGCUUUACAAACGUUGCUCUGGGCAAAAAAGUUACAUUAUCGUCAACGUACUCUUCUACGUACAAUGGCCCGAAAAUGGUAGAUGGUAAUUUUGAGAGAGAUAACGUCGCAAUAACGCUACAUCGUAAAAACCCAUACGCAAUUGUUGAUCUAGAACGCGUAUAUACAAUAUCCUCUAUCUAUAUAUUCAAUCGCAAAGACUGGGCGUAUAGACUAAAGAACGUCAUAGUCCAACUCGGUGAGACGCUUUCAUCGUUAACAACAGUUGCUACACAUAAGACGGUCAUAGGUGUAGACUGUACAUUCCGUUUUGACAACCCAGUCAAGGGUCGUUACUUGAAGAUAAUGUUAGAAACAAGCGGCGAGUACUUGCAGAUCACAGAACUUGAAGUGUACAGUAACACAGAAAAAGGAGUAACGACAUGCACAAAGAAGCCGACAUACAACAACAGCUUUACAAACGUUGCUCUGGGCAAAAAAGUUACAUUAUCGUCAACGUACUCUUCUACGUACAAUGGCCCAAAAAUGGUAGACGGAAAUUUUGAGAGAGAUAACGUCGCAAUAACGCUACAUCGUAAAAACCCAUACGCAAUUGUUGAUCUAGAACACGUAUAUACAAUAUCCUCUAUCUAUAUAUUCAACCGCAAAGACUGGGCGUAUAGACUAAAGAACGUCAUAGUACAACUCGGUGAGACGCUUUCAUCGUUGACAACAGUUGCUACACAUAAGACGGUCAUAGGUGUAGACUGUACAUUCCGGUUUGACAACCCAGUCAAGGGCCGUUACUUGAAGGUUAAGUUGGAAACAAGCGGCGAGUACUUGCAGAUCACAGAACUUGAAGUGUACAGUGAUACAAAAUACUGAGUGGCGUUAGAUUCACAUUUGUAAAUCCUCGUGAUAUAAUGAGAGUUUAAUAUGAAAAUUUUCACAAUGUUUUGAAAAAUGUAUGUCAUAUUACACAGAACAAAUAUUUUUAUUUCUCAACUUAAUUUGUCUAAAUAUUUCAUUUUUUUAAGCUUAUUUACCAAGAAGGCAGUAUUUGUUUAUUCAUUCGAAAUGUCAAACAUUUUUUAAUUAAUGUUAAAAUAAUGGAUAAAGAACAUGUAUGAUGUUAAACAACCGAAAACAAUAGCCCUGGAUCUGUAAAUGUAACAUUAUGUAAACACAGUAUCAUUUUGACUGCCGUACGAAAUACUUAUUUACUAUACUUGUACCAAUUGUAAAGUGAGCAACAACAGCAAAACAAGUAACAAGAUAACACAAAAUGAAAGUUCUGUAAGAAAUAAAAUGAUGGGCUUCAAAUUAGAUAUAUAUUUACAUAUGCUUUUGUUUGAUUCACCAUUAUCUAUGAAAACUUGACUUCACAGAAUGUACAAGUUGUGCAGAUGUUU